ACCACGAUGCAGAAAGCAGUUUUGCGCAUGCGCAGUUGCAUCAUUCGGCAUGUCCGACGACUCCGGAAAUUACGAUGCAGGCAUUUCAGAAGAGGAGCCCCAACCGGAAAAAGAGGUAGUGGAAGUCAUUCUCGACAAGAGAGAGAGAGGCUUGGGCUUUAACAUUCGUGGCGGUGUUGACAAUCGAUAUUUGCCUGAUGACCCUGGCAUCUUCGUUACAACAAUCAAACCGGAUGGUGCUGCAGCAAGAGAUGGGCGUUUACAACGAGGCGAUCAGAUUCUAGAGAUAAAUGGUGAAAAUGUACAGCGUGUGAAGCACUUCGAAGCUGUGCAACUAUUCCACAAGUCAAAAGAACAAAUUACUCUUCUCAUCAAGAAAGGUGUUGCACCUAACCCACCAGAAGAAGUACAAGACUAUAAGGUUUCAGCACCUGUACAAGGAAUGUACAGAAAGCAUUUUGUUCUGGGUGGUUUGGUGCUUGUUGCUGUAGCAUUGGUGUUCUGGCGGUACACUCGUCAUUGACAUUCUGUAUGUGGACAUAGACUGUUGAAAACAGUUCUGUCUAAUGGAACUGACUGUAAGCCUCGAUAAAACUUCUUAGUUGUCUACAA